GAAAAAGAAAAGUGCGCGUCUAAUCUAUGCGGCGAGAUCCAAAAAAAACUACCCGUUGCGUCUUCUCCAUAUAUUCAUUCUCUCACAUUUCACAAAUCACACUCUCUUCUUCAAUUUUCGUUUCAAUUCGUUCAAAAAUAUGGAAAAGUACGAAAAACUCGAGAAAGUUGGAGAAGGAACUUAUGGCAAAGUAUACAAAGCAAAAGAAAUCUCCACCGGUCAAAUCGUCGCGCUAAAAAAAACUCGUCUCGAAAUGGACGAAGAAGGUGUUCCUCCUACAGCACUUCGUGAAAUUUCUCUCCUUCAAAUGCUCUCUCAAUCUCUCUACAUCGUUCGUCUUCUCAACGUCGAACACGUCGAUAAACCCCCCAAAAAUGCUACCCACACCCCUCCUAAACCACUGAUCUAUCUAGUUUUUGAAUAUCUUGACACCGAUCUGAAGAAAUUCAUCGAUACUUUUCGAAAAGGCGUAAACCCUAGACCAUUACCGAAUUCGCUUGUUCAGAGUUUUUUGUUUCAGUUAUGUAAAGGUGUUGCUCAUUGUCAUAGUCAUGGUGUGUUGCAUCGUGAUUUGAAACCGCAGAAUUUGUUGCUUGAUCAACAGAAAGGGAUUUUGAAAAUUGCUGAUUUAGGUCUUGGUAGAGCUUUUACUGUUCCUCUUAAGAGUUAUACUCAUGAGAUUGUUACUCUUUGGUAUAGAGCUCCUGAGGUUUUACUUGGAUCUACUACUUAUUCUACUGGUGUUGAUAUCUGGUCUGUUGGAUGCAUCUUUGCUGAAAUGGUGAGAAGACAGGCUUUGUUUCCAGGGGAUUCUGAGUUUCAGCAGCUUCUUAACAUAUUCAAGCUUUUGGGGACUCCAACAGAGCAGGACUGGCCAGGAGUUAGCUCUCUGCGUGACUGGCAUGUCUACCCAAGGUGGGAGCGUCAGAACUUGGCAAGGGCCGUGCCCUCAUUAGCACCUGAAGGAGUGGACCUUCUCUCGAAAAUGCUCAAGUAUAAUCCUAAUGAGAGAAUAUCAGCCAAAGCAGCACUUGAUCAUCCCUACUUUGACAGUCUUGACAAGUCUCAAUAUUAAUGAUGGCUCUAGCCAAAAUGUUUGCUGUAAAAGUGUGUUAAGCAACAUUGUAUUUGCUGUCGGUGAAAAUUAAUUCACUGCAAGGGAGUUUAAGAAUGUUAACUUUGGUGUUAUGUAAUAUUUCCCUCAUCAUCUUGGUGAUAUGAACACUCUUGGUUUAGUUCAGUAUUGCCAUAUUUCUCUGUAGGACCCUUGGAAGAACUUUAUGCACCUUUAAAAGUUGUAUUAUCUGUUUGAGAUUGAAAGCCAUACUUUGAGUAUACUAAUACUGUAGUGAAUGCGUAAUAUAUUAUUGUUAUAGGUGGCUGCAAUUGGGUUAUGAUUAAGGGAUUUGGUUGCCA